CCGGUUUUGUUUGUCGGGCGGUGUUUUUUAAUUUUUAAAUUCGUCCUUUUAAUAGUUUAGCAAUGUUUAAAAACCGCAAAUCUGCACUGUUAGCGAAAAAAUCUUCAGAUUUAGUAACUAUUAUAGAAUCUGCGUCGAGUGCGUCAGGACCGAGCCAACCAAAACAAUCCCGAGCUGCGAACGAUGAACCGAUGGACGAGUUAUUUGCGGACAGUCAAUUUUCUGUUCCUGCCAGCCAGAUGAACAGUCAGCGCCGGUAUUUGUCACAGCGCAGUAACUUGCAAAAAUCUCAAUCUGCACGUACUUCUCGCCGAAUGCCAACCAAUUAUUUUGAAAGUAUAUUACUGAAGUGCCAGGUGGAGCUGGAUGAUCCGUUAUCGAUUGUUCUGCGAUGUGAACCAUUAGUGUUUAUGCGACAGCUUCGUACGUUGCUUAGAGGAAGCGCAGACUUCCCUAGGAAUGUUAAGGACUUUGUGAAUGGAGUGGAUCAGGCUAGUCGGAAUAAGGAAUCGUUUCGUAAGCUGCUGGAGUGCUGCAUGCUACAGAAUCAAACCACACAAACAGUUAAACCGAUACAGGAGAGCCUGAUGAAGAUGUUACUGUGUGUAGACUUUAUGCAACAGGAGCUGAUCACGGUGCUAUUCAGUUAUGUGGAGCGAGAGUCUCAAGAAACGUCCGGGGUCGACAUAAUAGGGUUGGCACUGUCACAGAUUAAAUUUAUCGAUCAUACUGUUCACGGAACAUUUGUGUUUAAAAAAUACUUUGAAAUGUUAGAGCGUUCCUCCAAUCGACAGUUGUUGGCAGAGGCAAUCGUUUCACUACAGGACGUUAUCGAUGUCACGAUGCACGAUACAGCGUUCCAUAAGAUAUUGGAGUUGUUUCAGCGAGCCGAUGAUUUGUUCUCAGUAACGAAUGUAACAGUGUUUAGUGAGAUGUGCUUGAGCAACGCAACUCUUCGACUGACCCGACAGAAAAUUGUUGAUUUCAUCGAAAGUGGAAGUCCGGUGGGGAACUAUCCGCCGCUUGUCAAGUUUUUGCUAAAGUUCAACAACGUAGAUGCAGACGGAUACUUCGAGAAUAUUGAACAGAUCCGUCAUGUCAUCGAGAAACUGCUGCAGCUGUGCGAUAGUGAUUCGAAUGGCACGUAUUUACAGGAAAUCUUUCGAACCAUUCAACAAGCUCUAACUGUUUCGGCCGUUCUGUAUGAAGCUUGGAUAAAAUUUUGCCGUCUGUUGGUCGAUGAGGAGUCACAUUCACCGAUUGAUCUUCUCGUUCUACUGUUGAUGCUGAAAGUGAACGAAAUUCGAAGCGGAACUAUUCAGAAGAUGUUGAUUAAUAAAAUAAAGAAACGUCAUAUUACGAUUAUGCAUAUGAAGGGACUGACCAAGCAAUUCCAAUCGGUCCUAACGGAUCACGUCGAUGGGGUGUUGGAAUUUGUUGAGCUAUGCCUGAAAGAGAAACAAACGGAGGUUUGCGAGUUUGGAAUUAUGUCGAUGGGUUGCCUGAUUUCAGCGGACAGCAUGAACAAUCGCUUGGUACUGAACAAAUUGGUCGGAUUUAUGAGCGAGAUGGCACUGAUAAACGAAGGCCGCAAAAACGAUCAUAUGAUUGCCGUUUGCAUGGAUGCACUGUCGAACAUCCACCAGAGUUUUCCGAAUGAAACGAGAAACAAUGCUCACGUUUUGUUGAAAAUCAUGGACAUCUCGACUGAUCUGAGCUUGCAGCAGUACCGGACGGUAAUUGAUCUGAUUUGUGAGGCGAUAACGGUUCCAAAUAGUCCCAUCGAGUGCAGUGACACGUGGGAUGAUAUCAAUAUUGUCAUUAAGAAGCAACUUCUGAGCAACAACAAGGAGGUUAAGAAAAAGGGCAUCGUCGGAGUGGUUUGCCUUAUCUACCAUAUGCUAAGAAACUCGGCCGGGCACACCGAACUCAACUGUAGUUUUGAUUCGGAAAAGACCAUUGAAUCGGCUAGCGAAAUACCAACUGCUGCUGGACGGGAAAUCGGGAACAUGAUCAACAUGAUGCUCUUGUCAUCGAAUGAAUCGACCGACAUAUUGGCCUUGUGUUACGAUGAAAUCGCUGAAAUGUUGCAAGAAUUUGAGCGAGGUGUCGGCAAACCGGAGAAGGGGUUUUCAGUUUGGAUGUGCGAUGUAAUAACGAAUGAAUUUCAAAAUUAUUUCAUUAUCGAAGAAGUGCCCGCUGGAGAUCCGGUACACUAUGCAAAGAAACUAUGCAUCAAUGACACGAUGGACCCUGAGAACACGAACACCGAGGCUUAUGCGAUAGCCGUCAACAUUGCCGAAAAUAUGUUGGCCUAUAACAGCCGCUACUCUUCAAUGUGUUUCUUCCUGGCUAUGUUCAAGCUGAUGAAGACACUGCAAUCGAUUCGAUACAAUGGCAAUCUAGAGUCCAUCAAUGCACUGCUUGGAUGUUCCAUAGUCGUUCCGGCUUUCUACGAUGAACCGGACGAGAAAACUAUGCUGGAAACAUUCGAAGAGGAUGUCUGUCGACAGUUACUAGAUGUGUAUUUUUACGUAGCAAAUUGGUUUCGUGAGCUAAUCAACGCAUUCAUUCAGCAAAAAGAUCCUCUCCUGCACCGGAAAGUGCUUCAGCGGUUGUUUGCUUUGGUUAGUCUCGAAAAUCGCCUAGCAGGUUUACUGAAAGCAGCAGAUUUCGAUUACUUUCCACCGAUUUGUGAUUUUUGCGUUAAUGUACAAACCAAGUCUUCCAGAUCGGUCAAGGAAUCGUCUUCAAAGCAGAAUGUGACGCUGAAUGUCACAAAAACUCAACCGGAUGCCGGUGGAAAAUCUCGUACUCGCGAAGCAACUGACUUCGAUACCGAAACUGUCCUCGCGCGGCAUCGUCAAGGGUUUCGGACGAUCGAAGGUCACGUAAUGAAAUUGUUUAGUGAACCACUUCUGCUUGUGCUGAAGCUCCCGGAAGAUAAAAUUGGAGUCAGUCUUAGUCUCGCUGAGUACCGAUUUUUGCUGGAAAUUUUCGUGACUGGAUUAGAAUCAAAAACUAACAAACGAUCACUGCAGCAGACCUGUAAUUAUGAACUUAGCGAAUUGCUGAGUUUUUUGCCUAAUGUAGUGGAAAAUUACAAAAAAAUUAAGCUCAAACGUCUAGAGCUGAAGUCGUCGACCACGGAGUCGGAUUCCCAGCAUCAACUAAACGCUCUAAACUGUUGUUUCAACUGGACACUUCGUCUGUUUACGGCAAUUUUGCAGCUAGCAAAGACUCAACAAUCCAAAUUGUUACAAACCGCUUUACAACAUUUAAAGAAAUUAAUCGAUUCUCCCAGUUCGAAACAUGACAGCGAAAAUGCGAUUGAAGAAAUCAUAGCCACAGAGCUGACCCAUAAAAAUGCUUUCAAAAAUUUGUUCAGUGCCUGUUGCUUGUAUAAAUUUGGUGUUGCAUUGAAUAACGCUGCAUCAUCUACUUCGAACAAUGCAUCAGUAACAAUCGCCACGUUUUGUCAGAAGUUUUUAUGCACCGAUUUUAACCUACGAUCCGGAACUGCCAUCCAACUGUGCCUUCUUUUGCAAGGUCUCACAUCAAUAGCAGACUUUCUCAAGAUUAAACAAGUAACUAUGGCGCUCGCGGAAGACCUGGCAGCCGGUAAAAACGACGAGCGUCAUUUUGUCGGUCUACAACGCAGUCACUAUCCGGUGCUUUUGAAGGAACUCUUCAAAGCCUUCAUCAAGUGCAUUCAAACUGGAUUGCGAGUAAACAAAACCACCGUUCAGAAGUUUGUCCUUUGGGAGCAAAGUUGCGAAAUUUUGAAACAAUUCUCUGAAGUUACCAAGCAAGCCGAUAAUCCCAAAAUGUAUGCCUGCUACAUGAGGUACUCACACAGCUAUCUGAAACUGUUCCAACAGACCGGGCUGAAGGUGCUGGAGGAUGUUUUGAAAGUGUCUGCAGAUCGAGUUAGCCAUUUGCUGAGUACGCUACAGCAUAGUACCCGAUAUUUGCACAAUAUUUGUUGUCAUUCGAAGAACGUAAAGGACAACAGCCUGACGUCACAGAUUCCCUUCAUUCGUGAAACCGUAGAAAUAUUGAUCUACAGCGUCAAAGCCGUUCUGGCUGCCAACGAUUGUUCUUCGGUCUUUUGGAUGGGUAACCUAAAGAAUAAAGACUUGAAAGGGGAACUGUUACUGUCACAGGGCUCCGAAAUAGAGGAUAUAACGGAGAGUGCUGAAUCAGAUGUGGAAGAUUUCCUCAGCGAGGAUGAAUCGAGUGAGAACCAGAAAGGGUCCCUCAGAAGGGCAGACUCCAGAGAUAAAACAUCGCAGAGUAAAUGCUUUUAGUUGUGCAUGGAACGUCUGACUAUUUUCAGUAAUUGGUGAAAAUAAUGACUUAAGUAUUUCCAUUGCAGUCGCGAUUUGAGUUGUAUGUGUCCUUGUGAGCGUUACUCUGUUAUCAUCAAUAAAUGUACAAAAUGAAUGGAAACACAAACUAAUUUUAAAAAUACAGUGUUCAUAUCUGUUACCAAAUAAUGAAAAGUACUUUCAUUUAAAGUGGAAUAAAAAAGAAUA